UGACCAGUACGAUCAAACAUCUGAUUUGCAAAUGAUUUCAUUACCGUUCGCUAUACGAUGAGCAGAUGUCCAACGGAAAGCCGCACAUGCAAAUUAGAAAAAAAUUGACGUUUUCAAACAACGAGAAAUGCUUCACUCUCUUCGAAAAUGACGGACGAUAACGUCGAAAGUACAACGCUGAAAGCUGUUUUCAAAGUGCGGGGCAAAUUUUAUGAUGUAUUUCUUGACGGAGAAGAAAUUGUGUGGACUUUACAAGGCGCAUUGAAUACAGGUACUGUUUCAUCAAUGUAAACAGACUGGCUUAUGUAUCAGCAGAAAGAUUAGAACGCUAGCUAUAAUUCUGAUGGACAAACUAAACUUUAACUUAACGAAAUCGAAAGCUUAAUUUAGCUUAAGAGUCACUAGUACCGGUUUGUUAUAAGCUUUAGUGCAAUUUAUUAGAAUAAAUAUUCGUACAUUUACAAUACUGUUUAAUGGACAGGGAUAUUUACAUGCAACUCUAUUUUUACAUCAUUGUGCGUUCGAAAACACAAAAUUUAUUUACAUCAGGUUGGUUCAAUUAUUCAACGUAAACACGUUAUACUUGUAAGCUUAAAUUUCAUUUGCUUUCUGUAUAGUAAGUUCAUUUUAUCUACUCUGUUUAUUUCCAUGAAGAACACACGGUGUACUUCUAGCUAGGGCGAAACUCAGCUGAAACCAUGCACUAAAAUAAGACUGAAAUUCUUGAGAUUCAGUUCUUCCAAAAAAACUAAAAUCAGUCUACACUGUACUUGCCUAAAAGCCAUCUUAAGUUUAUAUGACACCAAAUAAUAAAUUUUAUUGGAACAUUUUCCCUCAGACUAGGCUUACAUAUAGAUAAAUUCUGCUUGAAUAUAUAGUGACUUGUUCUGCCUUGCAGCAAUGCUGGUACAGGUCGCGUAUUUUGCUUGAAAAAUAUGCUUGGGCCACUGAAUUCUGCUCAGUACACGAAUAAUAUUUCAGCCCUAAUUCAGGCCGUUUAUUUUUUGUAAAUAUGCAAGGGCCAAGUAUUAUUGGAUGAGGCUGAGUAUGAUAUAAAGAAUUACGCAAGUUAAGGAGGAUGUGUACUGGAACGUGACGUGACCCUGAUGUCAAAAGAGGAAAAUUUACUUGUCUUUGUUCGUCCCCACCUGAAGAAUUUAAAGGGACAAAUUUGUCUUGUUAGGCACUGUUGAUAUUUUCAUAUUGUGGUUGUGAAGCAAUUCUUUGAAUUAACAUUGCAUGAUCUUAAAUGCAAAAUAUGAGGAAGAAGAUGGUGAAGGGAAAAAUUUGAUAUUGAAACUGUCAACUAACAGUUGAUCAACUAGACCAUUUCAGACCUAUUGAUCUUCACAUGGUUCAUGAAACAGCAAAUUAAUACCUCAGUUUAAUCGUAAAAUCUUGUUUCGUUCAAUAAAAAUGUAUUGUGGCAUUGUCAAUAUUUUGAUGUACACUUUUCCUUGGUCAUGCACAACAGCUGAAACAGAUGGAGUGCAUCAUAAUUUUUCUGUCAAGAAUUCAAAAUGCUUUUGUAUUCUCCAUCCAGCCUUUUUCAGGCUCCAAGAUAGUGGAGAAAGUAGAUAAAGAAAGGUAACCGUUGUACAAAACCGUGAGGAAGCUGGGGAGAAACGGUGUAGUGGAGCCUGCAAGCAUUGUUUUCAAUACCUCAUUGAAGUAUACCAGCUCCUGGUAAGCCCCAUGAUUGGUCAGUUGUGACAGUUUUCUUCAACACAUAUGCCAAUCAUUUGGCUUUGCCCAGCGGAGUGUAACAAACAUUUCGAGUAUGUGCCUCAUAUGCAUGUGACACAAGAAACAGUUUUUGAGGAAGUGGGCAGGAUAGUAGGCGGAUUGAGGUAUUUAAAAAGAUGCUUACAGGCUGACUCCCUGUCGUGUUUCACUUGUUGGUUAUUUCACUGCUCACUUGCAUUUUUCUCUCACCUGCACCGACUAAAAGCCUGGCACAGGCUACCUUUUAUGAGCAUUUUUUUCUUUCCUGCCUCUCUCCAAUAAUAGAAACCCAAGUCUGCAACAUCUCCACAAGAUCGUUGAGGUUUGCAGAUCAUGUAAUUGGAGCAUGGAUAGCAAAACGGCGCUUACCCAAGAACCAAUCUAAUACUGGACAGCUUGUUGGUUUCACUCUCUUUACUUUUGACAAAGCUGGAGGCAGGAAGCUGAAAGAAGAAAGAGUAACUUUUGAGUGUGAAGAUGAAAGUGUUUGCGAGGCUUGGAUUGGGAGAAUUAAUGAUAUUAUACGAAGUUAGUACACAAUUGUUGACCUUUUGCUAAAAUUUGGUUGGCCAGAAUGAGCUGCAGUACAGCUGUUCUAAAGAAGUUAUAAGUAAUUGAUUCAUAAACCACUUGGAACCCUGGAGUGCAUAGUGCAGAUCCCGUUCAAAAUUCAUCAUUAUUUAUGUCCACCCAAGCCUUAAUACUAUUUGACUGCGUAUCUCCUGGGGUGGAACGAGAAACCUAGUAUCAAUCAAUGUUAACCUUGUUAUUCUCAUAUGACUGUUCUCAUCAGGUUUUCGCACCAGACCUCGUAAAUUGAAAGUUGUGAUCAACCCAAGAAGUAGAAAAGGCAAAGCCCGUCUGGUGUACUUAAAACAAGUUGCACCUUUAUUUGAAAGAGCUGGCAUCAAGGCAGACAUUAUGAGUAAGUUAAAAGCAGAGAGGCGUUGAUCAUUAUUUUAGAAACCUUCAAGAGCAGGCGUAGUCUACCAUGAAAGGGUUUUUUUUUUCUUGGGGAAUGCACUUGCAAUUUCCUCAGAAUGUCAUGCACCAGUCACAGGAGUCAGGGAAGGGGGCAGGGGAGGCAGGCGAGAAAACCAUUUUUUCUUCCCUAACCCUCCCUACCCCCCUACUUUGUCAUUUCACCUGAUGCUCUCCCUAUCAACCGUCUUUUCUGCUUUCACCAGUCUUCUCAAGGUCUUUACUUUUUGGUGACCCCAAACAGGAAAGAUUGAUCGUGAGUGUUUCUCAUACCUAAAAUGUGACUACCUGCAUUGCGCUGUAGGCUAGAGCUUGAUUGGAAAAUCCCUGAACUUUAAUUAGUCCGGUAGCUACAUAAUGAAUGUAUGUGGAGUCCCCCCUCCCCCUCACACCCAGAUAUAACAUUGUUUAAAGCUAGCUCAAUACAAUAUUCCACUGCUUUUGUUCCAAACUGUUGAUAAUAUUACUUCCUUGUCUGUGGUACUGAGAUUGCAGAUAAGAUAAAAUAUUUAUUAUAAAAUAAAUGAAUAAAUAAAUAACANGUGAUCAACCCAAGAAGUAGAAAAGGCAAAGCCCGUCUGGUGUACUUAAAACAAGUUGCACCUUUAUUUGAAAGAGCUGGCAUCAAGGCAGACAUUAUGAGUAAGUUAAAAGCAGAGAGGCGUUGAUCAUUUAGAAACCUUCAAGAGCAGGCGUAGUCUACCAUGAAAGGGUUUUUUUUUUCUGGGGGAAUGCACUUGCAAUUUCCUCAGAAUGUCAUGCACCAGUCACAGGAGUCAGGGAAGGGGGCAGGGGAGGCAGGCGAGAAAACCAUUUUUUCUUCCCUAACCCUCCCUAACCCCCUACUUUGUCAUUUCACCUGAUGCUCUCCCUAUCAACCGUCUUUUCUGCUUUCACCAGUCUUCUCAAGGUCUUUACUUUUUGGUGACCCCAAACAGGAAAGAUUGAUCGUGAGUGUUUCUCAUACCUAAAAUGUGACUACCUGCAUUGCGCUGUAGGCUAGAGCUUGAUUGGAAAAUCCCUGAACUUUAAUUAGUCCGGUAGCUACAUAAUGAAUGUAUGUGGAGUCCCCCCUCCCCCUCACACCCAGAUAUAACAUUGUUUAAAGCUAGCUCAAUACAAUAUUCCACUGCUUUUGUUCCAAACUGUUGAUAAUAUUACUUCCUUGUCUGUGGUACUGAGAUUGCAAAUAAGAUAAAAUAUUUAUUAUAAAAUAAAUGAAUAAAUAAAUAACAUUGUUGUGUAUAAAUAAAGUUAAUGUACCUUCUUAAGUUAAAUGUAAACGGUUUGUCUGCUCAUUAAUGCGCUCUUAUUAAGAGAGAGUAAUUUCAAUGUUUUAAACACUGCUUUGUGUCAUCCAUGAUUUCACAUCAUGCAUUAAGAAAAAAAAAACUGUUCAUGAUGGUAAUUUUAAAUUAGCUCCACAAAGAAAAUUAAUAAUUUAUUGUACCAUAGUUCUACUUAAAUCUUAACACUUUAAUCCCUUCAAUAUCUAUUAAAAUAUAACAACUGUUUACAGGUUCAAUUACUGACAACUGAAAAUGUAGCUGUACAAGUGAUUGAAUUUAUGAAAAAUCUUUAAACUUUUAACUUAUGAUGCAUGUACUUGACUAUAAACUCUAUAGUGACACAAAGAGCAGGCCAUGCUUGGGAGUACUUUAGAACAGCUGAUAUUUCCACAUAUGAUGGGUAAGGAUAAUCAGAUUUGAUAACGUUGAACCAUUCUGUGCAUCUUAUUUAAAAAAAGUGUUCGGUCUCUUAAAAUUAGAGUGGUAGAUAAUCUAGCAAAAUCUAAAGUUCUUUUUCAAUUUGAAACCCUUCAAAUUUUAAACUAAAAACCUCACUCAGUUGCUGCUAAUUCAUUGAAUCAAAAACAUAAACAUUAGAGAAAGCAACAUUCACAAGGUGCAAUUAAAAAGGCUCUGAGCAUAAUUAUUUCAUGUGUUAGGUAAAUCUCUUUACUAGUUGGAUCUGGGGUAACUGCCUACCUACCCCUCCCCUAAGCUGACAUUUUGCCCUAAGUGAGAAGUAAGUGUUGCUGUUGGCUUCGGGAAGGGGUAGGUGGGCAGUUUCUCAGAAGCCUAAAUUGAUCCCUCUGGUUAACCCAGUAUACAACUUACUAGAGUUUGAUUCAGAAUUUCCUUUGUCCUUGCUUUGCCCUGGUAAUACUCAAAGGACGCUGUGAAAAUUCCUUCAGGCCCUUGUAAUCUUGUUUAGAAGGUGGAUAGUGCUAUUGACUGGAAAGAGCACCAUCCAGUGGAUAAUGCAAUAAUUAUAAUUUCUGUAUUACUUAUUUUGAUCAGGUUUAAAAGGUAUUUUGUUCAGCACGGCUGCUAUUAAUAGCUUGUUUGGAAGAGCUUUCCUAUUCUGGUUACAAUCCCCCUCAGAUAUAACCCCCACCCCAUUUCCCUGGCUACUAUAAUGUGGCCCCAGCUUCUUUCAUAGGAAGACAGAGGAAAAAUAGAACCAAAAGAAAUCCCUAGCUGUCUGAUUCCCUGUGUACUUUUUGUAUUUUCCUGGCAACUUGAAAUCUUAGUGACAUCCCUGAUUUAUAGAUGUUUAAAAGCCCUCCUUAAACUCCUUGAAAAGAUUAACAUAAGUCCAGGACUUAAAGGCAGUAGUUGACAGUAGCUAAGCAUCGUUUUCACAUGCAGGUUGUUAUGUUUUUAGGGUUGUGGUUGUUGGAGGUGAUGGCAUUGUCCAUGAAGUAGUGAAUGGGUUAUUAGAGAAGUCCCACAUGAAUGUUGGAAUAGAUCUGGUGGAUGGCAUUUUACCUGAGAAAUUCACAGUUCUUCCUCUUAAUGUACCCAUUGGCAUCAUUCCUGCUGGUAUGUCAUUAAACUUCUUUUGCCUUUCACCGUUAGCUCAUUAAAAGAUUUUCAAGUAACAAAACUGGUUUUACAAAUUAAUUUUUUCCUUUUAGAAAGGACUUUCAUAUGUACCGUAUGUGGUGUAUGUCUGAUCAGGUCGUGAUUCUAGAUCAGCCAAACCACAAAUGUUGUUGGACAUACAUGGUUGAAUUUUAAUAUCUUUUAGCUAAUGAAAUCAUUAAUAACUAUGAAAUUUUCAGCAACAAAAUAUUAAGUAUGACCUUAGAUAUUUGAUCUAUCUGGUCAUCAUAUCCAACGGCAGGUAGAAUAAUGCUUUAUUAGCCAGACAAGCGGAGCCAUGAAUAUUUUGUUUAUUUCCAAGGCUCAACAGAGGUGAUAGUUUAUUCUGCUCAAGGAAUCAAUGACCCUGUAACCUCUGCUAUGCACAUUAUUUUUGGUGAGUGUUCAGUUAUGACUUCCAUAUUUAGAUCAGCGAUCCUUAGAGAAUGGACCCUUGGCCAUUAUUUUGCGAUUUAGCCUUUAAUUUUAAAAAUGAUGUCCAAUUUUAAGCUCCUAGCCUUGCAAAAACCUCUCUCCCCUCUUCUCAUUAGUCUCUUGUUUUAUCCACCAAAUGUAAAAAAUGUCCAGUGUCUAUUUAGCCUCCACCCAAGUGUAAAUGAUUUUGAUAUAGAGAUGUUGAGAUACUUGAUGGGUGGCCUGUUUCAGGCAUUCAGAUAUUCCCUCUCUGUUUUUUCUUGCUCACUUUUCUUGGUGCCAUACUCUCUACCUGAACAGAUGGAAUAUGGUACCUAAAGUAUGGCUAAGUAAAAUGGAACAGUGAUGUGACAAUCCAUUCAUUCUCCCCCCUUCCCCUGAUUAAAUAAGACUCUCCUUUUAGAAAAUAAAGCCCCCAAUUCAGAAUCACUCAAGAAGCCCCCAAAUGACCUAGAUAGAGGAAGUGUUCUAGUACUGCAACUUCAGUAUUCAAUUCUUACUCAUUUUUGUUUAAGGCUGCACUAUUCCACUCGAUAUCUGCUCUUUGUGGAAUGACGACAAACACAUCCGAUUUGCAUUUUCCCUUUCCUACGGAUUCUUGGGAGAUGUUCUCAAAACUAGUGAGCAACAUCGCUGGAUGGGCCCCAAGCGUUACAAGUGGGGUGCAGCCCGAAGACUCUGGAGAUUAAGGUACAAUAACAAAAAAAACAAAAUGUACAACCUUAUAAAUAAAAAGUUAUAGCCCAGUAGGGUGCAAAGAAAGUCAGUUUUGCCCUCAGGCAAGCUGUAGCGAACAUGUACUAGCCCACAAGUCAUUUCAACCAGCCCCAAAACCCUUUUUGAUUAGCGGGAUUGAUUACAAUCCUUCUGUAAAUUGAAUUUCCCCCAAAAAACAGCACUUGCCCAUCGUGCAAGUUAAGAACAAAAAUCACUAGCCUGAUAGCAAAAUCCACUAGCCCCGGGCUAUCAGACACGACUUUCUUUACACGCUUCAUGUAGAUUAAUGAAAGAGGGUUCAUCUCUGCUUUCUGUAACAUAAGGUACCUAGGAGAAGGAAUAUUGCUAAAUAGGAUGUUGCCAUUUGCCCCGCCUAAAUGAGAUAUUGGUCCAUCACAGGAUUACCACAGGUCAUUGGGUGCCCUGUUUAGUUGGUGAAUGGGUACUGGUUACUUAUAUGCGUGAAGUGUGUUUUAUUGUACUUGUUUUCGUCAUGUAGAUCAUACAAUGUUGAUUUGAGUUUUCUACCAAGUCCGCAUCCUGAACAUCACCCCAGAGAUCACACUAGAUGCAGAAUAGGGUGAGUUGUAUAAAUAAAUAAUAAACACUUAAUAUCAGGUUCCAAGGGAAAUAAUUAGUUUUGUUUAUCAGAGAGUCACUUUUAGGCCUUUUUCUAGCCUGCAUAGCUGGCAGGAUAAGCGGCAAGUUAUGUCGCUUGUUUUUUGGUGGUGGAGCCGUGAGAAGUUUGGGAGCAAAUCCCUUGAAGCUCUGCCGCCAAGAAAGAACCCGUGAAUAAAGAAAGUACCUCAUGCUAAACCAUUCCGCCAGCUAAGACGCAGGGUAUUGUUUUCUUGCCUUCAAAAGGCAAAUCAGUCUCUUCCAUUUCUUAUUACAGUGUAUCCUAGUCAGUACUAAGUCUAACAGGUUUGUCUGUUUGUUUGUUUGUUUUUUUAACAAGGUGUGGUGUUUGUAGUAAAGAGGACAACUGUGAAAGUAGCCAGUACCAAGGUAUGAGUGGCUCUCAAUCUCAAAGUCAUCUAGAACUAUGUAUAUCCUGUUUGCGUUGUGGCUUUACAGAUGGAGCAAAACCUGCAAACUCGAUCGUUGAAUUAAAAAAAUUGCUGGUUUUAGUCAAAGAUAAGAUCCAAAGAAUCCACCAAAGAAUCCACCAAUAGUCUUUUCCCCAGAUUUAGUAUUAUUAUUAUUAUUUUAUCACUAUUAUUGUUAUUACUAUUACUAUUAUGAUGAUGAUGAUGAUGAUGACGAUGAUGUUAGCAAGGAAAGAAAAUUAAUUCACUUUACUUCUUUUUUUUUUUUUGACUUUUUCUUUGUAGAUGGGAUAACAUUUCAGGGACCUGUCAUUGGAGUCAGUUUCUAUACUCUUCCUAAUUUGUGUGAGAUAGCACCUGAAGGCACCUCUCCAAGCUGUCAUCUGGGUGAUGGCUUCUCUGACCUUGUCAUUAUUAAACGCUGCUCAAGACUUCAGAUGAAUUCUCACAUACAGCGCAACUUUAACUCUAAAGAUCAGGUCAGAAUGAAAUAUGCCAGUUUGUCUCUUCCUCCCUCCCUCCUUCCCUUCAUAGUCACAGGUGCAUAGAGUAGCUAUACAUUUCUGCAAUUCAGCACUUAGCACUGAGGGGAAAAAAUACGAGGAAAGGUGUGAUGUGUUCAAUCUGUGCAGCUACAGCUAGUGAUUUUGUAUAAUCCAAGUUUUUAUACCUUCAUGUGUUGUCUAUCCUCAGUUUGCAUUUGACUUUGUUGAAUGCCAUCGCGUUAAGGAGUGUUAUGUGCAAGCACAAGACAAGUCUGGUGUCCCUGUGCAAGGUGCGGAUGGCCCUUUGUUGGAUAGUUACAGAGUAAGUCGCAAUCCUAAGGACAGAUCAGUUGGUAUAUGGAAUGUGGAUGGAGAACUGCUUAGGCAGCCGUCUUUAUCACUCAGGUCAGUACAGGUUGAAAACUAGCCUCCCACGCAGGUGCUUUUCGGGGAGUGUGUUUUUCAUCCCUCCCCACAAACACCUGCUCAACCUAAAACAACGUUCCUUUUCCCAUUGUUUUAUUUGUGUGGUAAGUGAUUUAUCAACAGUUGUGCAAUAAAGUGUUGACAGGCUGAACGCGACUAAAGCGUGACCCUAGAGUUACCAUUUUCCUUCUUUUCUUUCCUUUGCUAAGGUUAUGCAGUGCAUGGAGUGUUCUAAAAUUUGACUAAAAUAUUUAACAUUUGUUAGAUGUCAGAAAGCUUUCCCAGUGUUUCAUGCAGAUCGAGUAAUUAUCAGAUUACCUCGCGGUCAAGGUCAACCUUCCAGAAUUUGGAAAGUACAAUGAGAUUGGCUAAGCUUGGGAAAGGAAUGUUGUUUUUGGUUGAGCAGGCAUUUGUGGGGAGGGAUGACAAACAAGCUCCCCCAAAAACGCCUGCGUGGGAGGCUAGGUGAAAAUAUGUGCCAACCUCGUUCCCAGGGUUCUCUCCUACUUGUAGGAGAGAACCCUGGGAACUACGUUGAACAGUUGCAUUCAUUGCGAGCUACUUAGGUUAUUCUGUGGUGUGCUAUGUUUAUACAAGCUUAACUAACAACUAUAGUUGUUGUGUCUUACAUGUACUUACUCUUGAUAGAUAGUCCCAUUCCGUCCCUGAAAUACCAACUGUCUUGCACUGCUUUUCCAGGUUAAUUUUUUUUCAUCCAAUUUUUCAUGAAGUUGCAUAAGAUAUAUAAAUUAAGAUUUUGAACUUUGACGAGGUACUGAGAAUAUGCAUUUUAAUGAUAAGCCUCAUUGUUUGUUUACUUAAUGACAUUAAUUACAUGCCAUACAUUUGAUGCUGAAGAUAUUUUAUUUUCAUUUGUUUUCAGGGUUCAUAGACAAAUCGUCACUGUAUUUGGAAGUGGCAUUGAGGACAUGUCUGAACAAAAAUGUUGCUUCUGCAAAUAACACCUGCAGUAAAACAAGUCUUGAGACAUUUCUUGCCAGUGCACUAUAGUGGCUGAACAGAAUGGCCCUGAAGCCCUACAAACUAGGGCGACAUACUAUUUAGCUGUUUGCUAGCUUUGGACCAGGCUCCACAGUGGUGGAAAAAGGCAAAAAGCAAGGUCAAAAAGGAAAAACAUCGGCAAGCGAAGCCAGCCCACUGGUGUUCUGGGGAGGGGAAAGGGCUUCGACGCCAUUUUUCUUUCCUUUUCCCACAAUACAGAGCCUGGUCCCAGGUUAGCUGUUUGCGCAUUUGAUCAUAUUUACAUGCAUUUUGCGCAAUAUAUACAUUAAAUUAUUAAUUAUUAUAAUUAUUGCUGGUAAUUAUUUCUUUUCCAUUUUUCUCUUCACUCACUGGCAACGGAUAGCAGAGACCUUAGUACAUGUAGGUCGCUCCUGACUUGCCUCCCUCCUGGCUGUUGUUUGUAUGGGCAUGCAAUGCUCCUCCCCACUUUCCUUUGUUGGGAGGAGCGUAGUGCCGGGUGAUGACACAAACCCCUGGACAUGAUUAACAAGAUUUCUCUGUCUCUACUUAAAUUGUGACAAAAUUUGAUCUUUUUCAAACUUUUGAAUUGGGAAGAAGGCACAACCUAUAACAGGAGUUUUCUCAAAAAACAUCCUGCAUCAAUCA